UUCAAUCACAUUCUAUAAUUAAUAAGUUCACCACAUCAAAUAUUUAUCUCUUCAAAAUGAUUGGUAGAUUUGUUAUUCCUUUAAUCUCUCUAGUGGUGGUGCUGAGUAGCAUCACUUGCUCGGCACAGCUAUCAGCCACUUUCUACGACGCCACGUGUCCCAACGCAUCCACCAUCAUCCGCAACUCCAUCCGCCGCGCCAUUUCGGCGGAGCGGCGGAUGGCGGCCUCCCUCAUCCGCCUCCAUUUCCACGACUGCUUCGUUCAGGGCUGCGACGCCUCCAUCUUGCUAGACGAGACCUCCACCAUCCAAAGCGAGAAGACGGCCGGGCCCAAUGAUAACUCCGUUAGAGGAUACAAUGUCAUCGAGGCUGCUAAGCGCGACAUCGAGAGCGCCUGCCCCGGCAUCGUCUCUUGCGCUGACGUGCUCACCUUAGCCGCACGCGACGCCUCUGCUGCCGUUGGUGGUCCGUCAUGGAGUGUCAGACUUGGAAGACGGGACUCCACCACCGCAAACCGCAACGUGGCCAACACCGAUCUCCCGAGCCCGUUUUCCGACCUCCAAGGUCUCAUUGACGCUUUCGACAAGAAGGGUCUUAAUGCAAGAGACAUGGUUGCCCUUUCUGGAGCACACACGUUAGGUCAAUCCCAAUGCUUCUUGUUCCGUGAGAGAAUAUACAGCAACGGUACGGACAUUGAUGCCGGCUUUGCCAGCACCAGGAGACGGGGCUGCCCACAGAGCGGUGGCAAUAGCAACUUGGCGCCGCUUGAUUUGGUGACGCCGAAUUCAUUCGACAACAACUACUUCAGGAAUUUGGUGCAGAGGAAGGGACUGCUGCAGUCGGAUCAAGUCCUCUUCACCGGAUCCACGGCUAGCAUCGUGUCGCAGUAUAGUGGAAAUCCGGCAACAUUCGCCGCCGAUUUUUCGGCUGCAAUGAUAAAGAUGUCGGAGAUUGAGCCAACCCUAGGACAGAAUGGAAUCAUUAGAAGGGUUUGCAGCGCCAUCAACUGAGAAUUCAAACUCUCUCGUCACUUUUCUUUUUCAUUUCAUAGUUAGCAUGUGCCUGAAAGUUGAGAUACAUGCUGUCACCUUAUUAUUUCCCUCCAUAUGUCUUCAUUCAUCAUUCAGUUAUAGUGUUAUAUCAUAACCACUCAGUGUCUCACUAUUCAUUUUACUACCAUGUAAUUUGUAAUUUGUAAUUUGUUUUAUACCACCAAUCAAUGAAUUGUUCAUUUUCGUUCAUCUUAA